AUGUCAGCUGGAGAAACAAAACCACCAAUAUUGAAAAGCAUUUCACAAUUCAAGAAUUCAUCAUUUAUUGGUUGGAAUUUGGUGAUUUCCGACACUCACAACGGUUUUAAAUAUGGAGUUGCACGUAUUGUCUCACAAUAUGAUUCAUAUCCUUACCUUGUUGUAUUUAACUCUUCAAAUUUAAUAGAUGGAGAUGAUAAGAAUGGAACUUAUGAAGUUGCAUUUGAACUUCCUGCUGGAAACUUCAUUUGCAGAACUCAAUCGUUCUAUCUUGACACACUCGAGCUGUAUGACAAUGGUCCAGUUAAGAUAACUACUGAUCCAUUAAAUUCAAUCAGAGGAAAUCAAAAUGCUAUUUUAGAAAUUCGUAAUACAUGUGGAGGUUCUGCAGAGUAUCUUGCACCUAAAUUGAAAAGUAUUACAUUCAAUUCAUCAGUAGAAGUUGGUGGAUUUGAAAGACCAAUUGAAUUUAAAUUUGUAACAACAGAUGGCGAGUCUGGCAUAAUGGAUAUCCACACACCAAUGAUUUAUUUGUCGGCUUCUAAUGGUGAUCAAUUCCAAAUCAAGAGUGUUCUUGACUUCAAAGAUGGAACUGACAAUCAUUAUAUCGCAAGGGAUCAAAUGCCAUACGGAUUCGGAUUGGAUUAUAUCUUUGUUGCAAUUUAUGGAAUUGUUGACAAACAAAACAAUUAUAAAAGCUAUUUAUACGAUGACCUUAUAGGAAUGGGAGUAUCCAGCCAGAUCUCUAGAACAUUCAACAAAACGAUUCCAGUUAUUGAACGUAUAUCGCCCAUUCUCAUAUCGGGUGGACCAUUGACUAUCUCUGGUAAAUCGCUGUCAUUCACAGGCUCAACAUUUGUCGUGAGAAUUGAUUAUCAAGAUGGCAAAGGAUAUCAACAAACCGUAGCUUCCUACACUUCCUCAGUUAGCAUUAGAAUUCCAAAAGUCAACCGUUUCACAUCAAAUUUCAUCAAAGUUCAAAUUGAAAACGAUAGAGUUAAAUCGAAUGAAUUCAUAGUUUAUCCAAUCAUUCCAUAUGGUUAUACCUUCACACCAACUCCUACUCCAACACCAACAUCGACACCUCCAGCAUCACUUUGUCCAGGAACACCUGUUUGCAAUGGCCGUGGAGAAUGUAAAGAGAAUUUCGGAUGCCAAUGCCGCGCGCCAUGGUAUGGACCAUCUUGUUCGUCGGAAAUUGUGAUCAUUCCAACACCUUCACCUCAACCAGAGCCUACAACAGGUACUAAUAUAACUAACGGAGGUGAUACUAUCUCAACGAUGAUUUCUAUUCUUGAAGUCAGAGAAAUCGACGAUUUGGAAAAUACAGUUCAAAAGUACAUGAUAAACCAAUGGAAUUUCACAGAUCUAUCAGCAACAAGUCUAAAUCCAACAUAUGUUUACACAUCACUAUUGAAUCAAACAACAACAACCAUCGAAACAACCAUAUCAUUCUUCCCAAAUCAAACGAACAUUACAUUCGGUGACCAAGUUUUGACAAUGCAGCAAUCGUCAAUCAAAUUUGCAAUCAGACUUUCAGAUUACACAUUCCAAUUGAAAACGAAUUCACUCCAAAUCAUUAUGGAAUCAACAAUCAAAGGAUCGAGCAGUGAUUCUUGUUCAUCCUCACAGUUUGGAAGCCAGAACUACACCAAAAACAAUAUUCAAUGGAUCAAGAUGAAUAUCGAUAAGUCAAGUUUAUAUGGACGUUUUAUUGACUAUGGUAUCAUUGACGAUACUCAGACACCAAUCAUCAACAGAAUUAUAGAAGAAGACACUGAAACUAAAGAUACAACACAAUUCAGAUCGAUCAAAGUUGGUAUUACAAUACCAAAUUAUUCUAAAUCAGUAUAUUUGGAUCCUGACUUUUCAAAUUUGAUUGAUGUUAAUACCGAUGAUCUCGAUUUAACAUGUAAAUCAAAGAAGAAGUUAAGUAAUGGCGCAAUUGCUGGAAUUGUUGUUGGUGCUGUUGUAUUUUUGGCGUUGGUUAUUGCCGCUACCAUGUAUCUUCACAAGAGAUCAAAAACAAGAAAAGAGGUUAAAAGAAUAGAACAAAAACUUGAAAAAUUUAAAUAA